AUGUGUCCAUCAGGAAUUUGUUCCAUUGUUGUUGUGCUCGUAUAUGUCGAUGACAUAAUUAUCGCAAGUAACGAUGAUGCUGCUGUCCAUGAUCUGAAGACACUUUUGCACUCUGAAUUUAAGAUCAAGGAUCUUGGACCAGCUCGCUUUUUCCUUGGAUUGGAGAUCUCGCGAUCAUCAGAGGGUAUCUCAGUCUGUCAACGCAAAUAUGCUCAGAAUUUGCUUGAAGAUGCAGGUUUAUUAGGCUGUAAGCCGAGUUCUAUUCCAAUGGAUCCGAACCUGCGACUUACCAAGGAUAUGGGUACGUUGUUAUCCUCUCCUACUUCUUAUAGAGAGCUCAUUGGUCGCCUUCUAUAUCUCACUAUCACAAGGCCCGAUAUCACUUUUGCUGUUCACCAACUGAGCCAGUUCAUAUCUGCUCCUACUGAUAUACAUCUACAAGCUGCACACAAGGUUCUACGUUAUCUCAAGCAGAAUCCAGGACAAGGCUCUUCACUCAUUUGCUGGAAAUCCGAGAAACAGUGCGUUGCAAGUAGAAGUAGCACUGAAUCAGAAUAUCGCAGUAUGGCACAAGAGACCUGUGAGAUCAUCUGGUUACAACAACUACUCAAGGACUUCCACAUUACAGAGUCUGCUCCAGCCAAGCUGUUCUGUGACAAUAAAUCCGCCUUACAUAUCGCCAUGAAUCCAGUCUUCCAUGAACGAACUAAACAUAUCGAGAUAGAUUGUCACACGGUGCAUGAUCAACUUAAGAAGGGUACGCUUAAAGCUCUUCAUGUACCGACUGAAGAACAACAUGCCGAUAUCUUGACUAAACCUCUUCAUCUAGGACCGUUUCAUCAUCUGCUGCAGAAGAUGUCCUUGUGA